AUGAGAUUAGGAGGUAGAUAUUGCAUAACGACAAGGGAAAUUGCAUUGGUGUAUAAAUUACAGCGACCUAGAAAAGCCUCGGCAAAGCCAGAGGUGAAAUACGCCAUGCCGAUGCCAGAACAUAUUUUUCUUCCGUUCCCCAGCUUUCCCCUCCCGUCCAUCCCUGUUCGCCUUUUGAUCCAUCAGCGGACGUCGCGUCAAAGCCCACCGAUUACACGCAACCAGUCUUUCGUCACCCCCAAACUAUAA